CGGGGCUGCGGUAGCGCGCAGGCGCGGUGGGCGCGGCGCGGCGUAGCCAUGGCGCACGGUCACGGUCGCUGCUGCUGCUGCGGGGAGGCGGCGGCCGGCGGGGAGCGGGGCGCGGCCUGGGGCCUCUACCUCCGCAUCGACCGGCAGCGGCUGCAGUGCCUCAACGAGCGCCGCGAGGGCAGCGGCGCCCUCGUCUUCCGCGCCUGGGAGGAGCGCGGCAACCGCGCCCAGUUCGUAGAAAGCGACGAUGAUGAGGAGCUUCUGUUUAACAUCCCGUUUACAGGCAACGUGAAAUUAAAAGGAGUAAUUGUGAUGGGUGAAGAUGAUGGUACACAUCCAGCAGAGAUGAGACUGUUCAGGAAUAUUCCUCACAUGUCAUUUGAUGACACAGCCAGGGAACCAGAGCAGACAUUCAGCCUAAACCGGGAUCCGAUGGGCGAGCUGGAGUACCCCACCAAAAUUGCCCGUUUCUCUAAUGUUUACCACCUCUCCAUCCACUUUCCGAAGAACUUUGGAGCAGAGACAACCAAGAUUUUUUAUAUAGGCCUGAAAGGGGAGUGGACAGAGGCUCAUCGCCACGAAGUCACCAUCUGCAAUUACGAAGCAUCAGCAAACCCAGCUGAUCACAAGUUGGAACAAAUCACCCCACAGACUCACUUCAUCUCCUAACAGUGCUGUUGGGAAUCUCCCGAAGGCUGUGGUACAAGUGUGCGGAUGCGAUGGGCUGACUCGGACAGAAACGGCUUCCUGAAGCACUGAAGAGUGUUGGAUCGGCUUUACGUUUUGGUCUUUGCCUUGGAAAGCUGGGCGCCGUGUGUGCAAUGCCUGUAUGGAGGUGGCUGCCGAGGGCAGCGAUGCGUUGGGUCCUGCAGAAGGCAGCGGAUCCGCUCUGGUAGCGGGACACUUGGUCUUUAGGCAGUGGCAAGCUCGUGUCUGCUCUCGUUUAGUUCUCUGACUGCCAAUAAAACACACGCAGAGGUGCAGA